AUGGAAUUGUUAGAAAAUCAAAUUAACGAUAUUGAAAUAACUAUAAAGAAAGUUAGUGUAUUAACAAAAGAGAACAGUGUUUUAAUAAAUGACGUAUCAUUUCAAGUAUUACCAAAAGAAAUGGUUGCACUGAUGGGUCCAAGUGGUUCUGGUAAAUCAACGUUAUUGAAUGUGUUAUCUGGUAGAACUGAAAAAGAUUUAUGUACUUAUGGAGAAAUACUAAUAAAUGGACAGGAAAGAGAUCCUAAAACAUGGCCAACGCAGAUGGCUUACGUUAAUCAAGACUUUAAUGUUUAUGAAUUUCAAACAGUAAAAGAGUCACUGGUGUUUGCUUAUGAAAUGAAAAUUGGAGAAGUUAAUGAAUAUGAAAUUGAUAAUCUAAUAAGAACACUUGGAUUAAGUCACAUAGAAAAUAAUUUUAUUAAUAAAUUAAGUGGUGGUGAGAAAGUGAGAUUGAAAGUAGGAAUUGAAUUGGUUGGUAAUCCUCAAAUUAUAUUUCUUGAUGAGCCAACAAGUGGAUUAGAUGCAAGUAAAGCUUUAAAAAUUUUAAAUUUCCUUAAAGAGAUAUCUCAAACACUUUCUAAGACAAUUAUUGUUACAAUUCAUCAACCAUCAUAUAAGAUGCUUAAUUGCUUUAAUAAGAUACAUUUAAUUGCUUUGGGACGAACUGUUUAUUCAGGGCCAAUUGAUGGGUGUAUUAAAUUUUUUAAAAGCUGUGGUCAUCCGAUACCUAAUAAUACCAAUCCUGCUGAUCAUUUUCUUGAGGUUUUGUCUACUGACUCAUCAACCCCUGAAAGUAACGAUGAAUCACUUAAUAGAGUUUUAAAUAUUUUAUCAGAAUGGUCUAAUCAAGAACCUUCUUAUGAAAGUCUUAGUCAUAAACAAUUAAGUUACACGCCUUUAAACAAUCUUAAAUUUUCUUUUUCUAAAGUUUUAAAAAGAAAUUUAGUUGAGAUUAUUAGAAAUUCAACAGUUUUAAAAUCUUUGUUAUUUCAAAAAACUGUGUUUUUAUUAAUUCUUGGUUUAACUUAUUUUAGAUUUGCAUCAAAUACAGAUGAUGUAUCUUUACUUGAUUUUAGAGGUUUUUUAACUUUUAUUUGUUUAAAUACAUUUUUUGGUGUAAGUGGUCCUUUAUUAAAUAAGUUUGUUUUAGAAAAACAAAUUGUAUUAAGAGAAAGACAGUCUGGUUUUUACAGUGGUUAUGUUGCUUUUCUAGCUAAAUUUACUAGUGAAUUACUAAAACAAAGUACUUUUGAAGUUGUUUAUUUGAUUAUAAUGAUUAUUUUAACUGGAUUGUUUACUAAUUUAUGGACAUUGAUUCAAUUUUUGAUUGUUAUAUUCGGAUUGAUAUCUUUUGCUAUUCCUUAUGCUUUAACAAUUAGUGCUUUAGCUCCUAAUCCUACAACUUCUCAGGUUCUGGGUAUUACUAUUAAUAUUCUUUUUGUUUUGUAUAGUGGUGCUUUUACUAACCCUAAACAAGUUAAUCCUUACCUUAGUUGGUUAAUUUACAUUUCUCCAAUAUCUUAUGCAUUUAGAGCGUUAGUAAUAUCUCAAUCUACUAAUAAAAAUUUUAUCCGUCUUAAUAACGAUGUUAAUAAAAAUAAGAUUAAAAAUCUUAUAAAUGGGAUUGGUGAUCAAGCUAGAGAAUUAGGCGUAUAUAAUAAUUUUGAACAAUUAUUAAAAGAAAAUUUAUCAUUAAAUGAUUUAUUAAAUAAUAAUUCAUCAUCAAAUGAUUUAUUAAAAGAAUGGGGGUUGGAUCAGAUUAGUUCAUUUACAGUUAAUAUUUUAAUUUUGUUUGGUUAUUCAACGUUAGUUGUUCUCUUAGGCUCUUUUAUUUUACAUAAGCUACUCGAAAUAAUUUAUCUUUAA